GAAACCUACGUUCAUCAUUUUUACUUUGCAUGACAUUUAACUUUCUUGAAAGUGUAUUUUCUUUUGUAGGCAGAUUCACCAACAUUGUUGCUAGAUGGCCCGGAAGUACACAUGACAGUCAUGUAUUUCGUAUGUCAGGCAUUCGACAAACAAUUGAGGAGAAGUUUCACUCGAUUAACGACGGGGUUGUUCUUGGUGACAGCGGCUACGCGUGUAAACCUUACCUAAUGACUCCGUAUCUAAGACCAUCGACUCCGGCCCAUGAACGGUUUAACUCGGCCCACUCCAGAACCAGGGUAACCAUAGAACGUGCCUUUGGUUGGUGGAAGAGACGAUUUCACGUUCUCAAUGCUGAAAUUCGGAUGACGCCGGAGAGAGUCUGUACAGUCAUAGGAGCGUGCGCAGUACUUCAUAACCUGGCUAUUCUAUUUCGGGAACCAGUUGUAGAUGACGGCCAAGACGUGGACAUCGAUGGGAAUAUCCAAGGACAGUACAAUGGACCCGAAGAUGGGAAGAACAUCAGAAAUUAUAUCACAUUGCAUUAUUUUUAAGAAACCACAUUUUCCCCUUUUGCUGUAGAUGGGUGUGUGAAGUUUGAAUGCUACCCAAAGUUAUUCCGAUUUGUUCGUAUAUUGUAUGGGUAUUCAUAUAAUUUAUAAAUAUCGAAAUUGUGUCAAUAUGCGGGUUACAUCGAUCGGUAAAGUUAUAUGGAGCACAGUAGUUAGCAGAUCUAAGUUCUAAUUUAUGAAAUUAAAUAUCAGAAUAAUCUUUUACAUUGUUGUGUUUUUAUAACAAUCAGAGAAUUAUUUUUUGAUCAAAAUUUUAAACAAUUACCAAGAGUUUUUUUUUAAUCACAAUAAUAUGAACAAAAAAAAUAUAGAGACACUUUAUAUUUUAAUAUUAGUUUAUUAAUUGUUGAUCAUUUUUAUU